GGUUUGGGAUGACGACGCCUGUGACAAUUGCAGGGAAGGUGUUCCUUAUUUUUUAUGGACUUCUAGGCUGUGCUGCCACUAUCCUCUUCUUUAACCUCUUCCUGGAGCGCAUCAUCACUCUGCUGGCUGUAGUGAUGAAGGCCGUGAGGGAAAGGAGAAUCAGGAACAGCGGUCUCCUUCCGCCAGGGAUCCGGCAUGACUUCUCGGCCUACUCUCUGCCGGGAUGGAAGCCCUCCGUCUACCACGUGAUGCUGAUUCUGGGACUGUCGGCCAUUACCAUCUCCUGCUGCGCGUCGGCCAUGUACAGCCCAGUGGAGGGCUGGGCCUACUUAGAUUCGCUCUACUUCUGCUUCGUCACCUUCAGCACCAUUGGCUUCGGAGACUUCGUCAGCAGCCAGGAUGCCGCUUACGAAUACCAAAGCCUCUACAGGGUGGCCAACUUCUUCUUCAUGUUAAUGGGUGUCUGCUGCAUCUACUCGCUCUUCAACGUCAUUUCCAUCGUCAUCAAGCAGGUGCUCAACUGGAUGCUGGAGAAAAUGAGCUGUUUGUUUUGCCAACGUUGCAAUAAGGCCAACGCCUUCCUGGGGAGGCGAAAUGCCAUCCGCCCGGGCUCCAGGGGUCGCAAGGGUCGCUUCAACCAUCAGCCAGAAUCAGACGGGCCUUGCGAUAGUGACACUGAGGGACGGAGACUAUCAGGGGAAAUGAUCUCCAUGAAGGACCUGGCGGCAUCGAACAAGGUGUCGCUGGCGAUCAUGCAGAAGCAGCUGUCUGAGUCUGCCAAUGGAUACCCCAGGACGGUCUGCGGCAGCUCCCGCCAUAACGGCUUCUCUGGGGGGGUCGGGGCGCUCGGCAUCAUGAACAACAGACUGGCUGAGACGAGUAACUCAAGGUAGAACGCACAGAGAGGCGGAAAACAAAGCAUUCACGCUCCUCUCAAGCCACACUGCAGAACGUUGACAUGCUAAUGAAAGGAUAACUUGUUAUGCAUGAGAUAUAUCGUCUUUACUCCUGACUGGGAUUACAAACCUGCGGUGAGGAUGGCGGCAUGAAGAGAGAAUCACAGAGUUGAUCUUAAAGCAUGGCGACCCUAUUCUAGACCUAAAGCCCUGAAAUAAAACAAAUCACUAAAGAGCUUGGCUGGAAUCCCUUGGUGCAAUCGUUCAGCUCGUCAGACUUUUUAUGGCUGAAUCAUUGAGCUGAACAGAAGCCAAGUGAAGCAAACUGCACAGUUUUUACUGUCUUGGGGUGUUGCCAGGUCAUUUGAAUGUACAUAUUGGAUGCUGACGAAAACAAGUAUAACCACUGAAUGAUAUAGCACAUACUGAUCUAUGCAUUACACUUCUCAUGCAUUUUUGCACCAUUUCUCAACCUUCCAUAUUUUUCUCCCCUACCACAUCCUUUUGGUGAUGAUUGAUUUCUUUUCCGGGGGCCAACAGUGAAAAGUAGACUUUCACCGCAUGGCCGUGAUGUAGCUGAUUAAAACAGGGUUGUAGCACAGGAUGCCUUUCCAGUGCUACACCAACUGGAUACAAAGGGUUAUUUCCUCUCUCUGAAGAUGGAAGAAACAUGAUGAAUGAAAAUCUAUUUCAUGUUAGAGAGGGACUGGCUUUCUUAUCAGCUAUAAGCACAUGCUUGAGUGGCCGUGGACAUUGACUUGUCGGGUAAAAGAAGGCACCAUCCAAAUCUUUCUUUCUCUCUGCCAUAUGUGUUAGGCUUAACAGUGAGGAUGAUAACAAGUUUUAGUGUUUAAAUAGUUAUUGAUUGCAAUAUCUUUGCAAAACAGAAUAAAUGAGAAAACAUACCGAACAUAGGUUGAAGACGUUGAGGAGAUACAUUCAAGUGCAAAAGCUUGGUCAUAAAUUUGUUUCUGAUUUCAAAAAGUUGCAGAUUCAGUGCCUUGUAAACGUACUCUUACCGCACGAAAAGUUUAUUAUAUUACGACCACAAACUUCAAUGUAUUUUGUCGGGAUUUUAUGUGAUUGACCACAGCAGUGCACACCUGCAAAGCACAAAGAAGCCUUUUCAAAUGAAAACUGUUCAGUUCCCUUUAUUUGACCAGGUCAGGAAUAAAGUUAUGAAGAAGUUUAAAGCAGCGAUAGAUUAUAAAUCAUAGGAAGCUCUGUUCUAACCCAUCAUCUGAAAGUUGGAAUUAGUAUUAAUCGAAGAGAGCAUUAAUCAGAGACAUCCGAGGUAACUCUUGAGGAGAAUCUGUUCACAAGACAAACUAUCAGCAGUGCCCUUCAGAAAUCUAGUCUUUUAUGUUUGAGUAGCAAAAGAAAACUUUCUGGAAGAAAAUCUGAAAUAAAUCCUGUUUGCAGUUUGCCAGAAGCAAGAGAGCAAACAUCUAAAACAAACCUCUGCAACUCCACUCCUCAAGAGCCGCUGUUCUGCAACUUUUGGAUACAUUCCUGCUCCAAAACACCUGAAUCAAAAGGCUGAAAUACAUCCUUGGUAUGUCAGAAAGUUUUGCGAAAGCUACAGUCACUAAUCAUUCAUUGUAUUUUGUGUUAUUGUAGCAGGGAUGUUGUGGCACUCGAAGACAGUGCUGUGGUGAAAUGAGACUAAGAUUUAGCUUUUUGGCCUUUAAGCAAAAUGGGAGACUUAUCACCGUAAACAUGGUGUCCCAUGGUGAUACAUGGUGGUGGCAGUGUCAUGCUGUGAAGAUGUUUUUCCUUAAGCAGGUUCAACAGAUCAUGGUGGAGGUAAAACCAGGGCAAACCUGGAAGUGAACUUGUGAAAGGCAGCAAAACAAGCGAGACUGCUUCACUUUGCAGAAGGACAAAUUUAAACAUACAAUAAGAUUGUUUAGAUCAAAUCAUAUGCAUGUCUUAGAGUGACCUAGUCAAAGUCCAGUAUUCUUCAUGAGUCAGAAGAAACAUAGAACAAUGUCAUUUUUCCUACACUUUCACUAAUGCACUGCUUUGUGUCUGCGUAUCUGCGUAGAGAUCAAUAAUGUUUGUGCUUUUAAUUUGAAAACAGUUUUAAGGGAUGUGAAUAUUUUUGCAAGGCAUUGUACAAAUUAGAAAAAUACUCACCUUCAUUUAUUUGAGGUGACGGAUCACUUCAGAGGUUGUCAGCUAAAACAAAAGUCACAU